AUGGAUUAUGAUAUUGAUACUAUAAUAGAAAAGCUUAUAAAAGUGCAGCAUGUUAAACCAGGCCGCCAAGCUCAAUUAACGGAAGCAGAAAUUCGUUAUUUAUGUACGACUGCCCGUUCUUUAUUUCUAAAUCAGCCAAUGCUGUUAGAAUUGGAGGCCCCUUUAAAGAUAUGUGGUGACAUACACGGUCAGUAUUCAGACUUGCUACGAUUAUUUGAAUAUGGAGGAUUUCCUCCUGAUGCAAACUAUUUGUUCUUGGGAGAUUAUGUUGAUCGAGGAAAACAAAGCCUUGAAGUUAUAUGUCUCUUGUUUGCCUUUAAGAUAAAGUAUCCCGAAAACUUCUUCCUUCUUCGUGGCAACCAUGAAUGUGCUAGUAUCAAUCGUAUUUAUGGAUUUUAUGACGAAUGCAAACGUCGCUAUAAUAUAAAAAUAUGGAAGCUAUUUACCGAUUGCUUCAAUUGUAUGCCCGUUGCUGCAAUUGUUGAUGAAAAAAUAUUUUGUAUGCAUGGUGGCCUUUCCCCGGACUUGAAUGCCAUGGAGCAAAUCCAACGGAUUAUUCGUCCUACAGAUAUCCCCGACACAGGCUUAUUAUGCGAUCUGUUGUGGUCUGAUCCUGAGAAAGAUGUGAAAGGUUGGGGUGAUAAUGACAGAGGAGUUUCAUAUACUUUCGGAGCUGAUGUCGUAAAUCGGUUUUUGCAAAAACAGGAUAUGGACUUGGUUUGUAGGGCUCACCAAGUAGUUGAAGACGGUUACGAAUUUUUUGCUAAGCGCUUGCUUGUGACAAUUUUCAGCGCUCCAAACUAUUGUGGAGAGUUCGACAACGUUGGUGCUAUGAUGAGUGUCAAUGAAGAUCUACUUUGCAGUUUUCAGAUUUUGAAGCCUGCUGAAAAGCGUGCCCGCAACCAUCCCUUAGCCGGCAAAGAACCCAAAUCUGUGAUGAGCGGCUUUAAAAAAUCAAAAAAUAAUUAA